AGAGGCCCAAGUAGGGCGCAGCCGGUCCGCGCGGGCGCGGCUCUCCCCCCACACCGCGGGGUGCGGCACUGGCGGCCUGCUCCGCCGGGGCGCUGCGCCGGGGCAGGCUGCCGAAGACAUGCCGCUCGUGGCGCGGGAGCCCGACCCUGCCGGGGCGCAGCCCUUCGGCGGCUACGGGGAUUGGGAAAGGUGGCCAGGUAUCAAUUGCUUUGGCGGCAGAGGCGGCGCCGUGAUGCCGGAGGCCGACCCGGCUCCGCAGGCGAUGUCCCUGAAGGAGUGCAUGGACCUGUGCGUCGAGACGUCCGGCUGCGGAGGGCGGGGUGCAAGUCCAAGACGGUGGCGGUGGCUGCUGGUUGCGCACAGAAGUGGACGUCCAGGACUGCUGGGACUCUGCGCCGUGGAUCAUGUACACGCCCCCCUCGAGGGUCGGCGCCAGGAAUCCCCUUCUUCGUCAGCAGCACCAGAUCACCGGCCGCUCUCUGGAUCCUCAUGAUCCUCCUUGUUGUCAUAAUCAUCGCCUUGCUCGUGUACUACCUCAAGAAGAAGGCGCUGUGCUGCUUCAAGGCGGCGCCGAAGAAAGAAGAGGCCGUCGUUCUCGUUCAGGAGGAGGACCGCCAGGCUUUCAAGGAGAUGGACCUGGACGGCGACGGUGUCAUCACGCCCGAGGAGCUCGCCCAGUACAGGCAAGAGAGGCAGUGUGGCAGAAAUUGCACCAACAUGUGCGCUGGGGGCAAGAACGACAAAGAGGACGACAAAGACAACAAGGAUGGCGGUGGUCACCAUCAAGGUGGAGGAGAAGCCCAAGGAGAAGCCGAAGCCCAAAGAGCCCGAGGAGGGGGGCACUGGGAAUACGUCAAAGACCACCACUGA